AUGCGCAUGCGUAUAAUCUUGCUUCACACCCUCGUGGUCAGAUGAACUUUAAACUACUUCCUUUAAUGCAAUGGCUACUGGGCAAGCUGUGAAUGACCUCCUGGAGAGAAUACUGACUACUGAGGCUCAGACUGCAGAGUUGUUGGUUGAAAUUCAACAGCUUGAAGGGUCUGGCGUACAGUCACAGACGUCAACGGUUGACUCUCCUCAACUACAAGCCUUGCGAACAACCAAUACUAAACUGCACUAUCAAAUUAAACACCUUAAAGAGAAUAUAGAAGAGGAGCGUAGUCUAGGGAUGCGUCACAUGACUAAUGUCCUCUCUGUCGUUAACGGACUGUUCUCCACUGCCAUACGUACCCUCUACCCUGGCUACAAGCUGCCCAAGGCCUUUGUACAGUGGGAUGGUGCCAAAUUUGGGGACUACAAGUGCAACGUCAUUGCAUUGGCACAGGGACUGAAGACCAAGGGCCAGAACACUCCCCCUCGAGAAGUGGCCACUUUGUUGCUCUCUCAACUCAGAAACCAGGAGCCAUUUAUUGACAAGUGUGAAGUGGCUGGUCCUGGAUUUGUCAACAUCUCCCUGAAGCCCUCCUUUGUCUCGGAGCUGGUCAGUGACCUGCUAGUGAAUGGUGUGAGACCGCCACCUCUGAAGAAAAAGCUGCGAGUUGUUAUUGAUUUCUCCUCACCCAACAUCGCAAAGGAGAUGCAUGUGGGGCACCUGCGCUCCACCAUCAUAGGGGAGACUGUUAGCAGGCUGUUGGAGUUUGCUGGGCACGACUUGCUCAGAUUGAACCACCUUGGAGAUUGGGGUACACAGUUUGGGAUGCUCAUCACUAAUCUGCAGGACAAGUUCCCUAACUACACACAGGAGUCCCCGCCCAUCGCUGACCUCAUGUCCUUCUACAAGGAGUCUAAAGUGAGGUUUGACAAUGAUGCAGAGUUCAAGAAGCGUGCCUAUAGCAAUGUAGUAUGUCUUCAAAACCGUGAUGCUGACGUCAUCAGAGCCUGGCAACUCAUCUGUGACGUGUCCAGGAAAGGUAAUCAAGAGGUGUACGAUCGUCUAGGAGUGACCAUCAUUGAAAGGGGAGAGUCCUUCUAUCAGCCACUCAUGCCAGGGAUCGUUAAAGACCUCGAGAGCAAGGGCUUGCUGAUUAAGGAGGAUGGUCGUAAGGUCAUGUAUGUUGAGGGUUUCUCCAUCCCACUAACAGUUGUCAAAUCAGACGGAGGGUUUACCUACGCAACCUCUGACCUUGCCGCUAUCCGGCACAGGGUGGAAGAAGAGAAAGCUGAUUGGUUGAUUUACGUAGUGGAUGCAGGUCAAGCGCUUCACCUGAACACGAUAUUUAAGGGAGGUCAUUUGGCAGGGUACUGCUCUGAGGAGAACCGGAUAGAUCACAUGGGCUUCGGUGUGGUGCUGGGAGAAGACAAAAAGAAAUUUAAGACUCGUUCAGGUGAUACGGUGCGACUUCUGGACCUCCUGGAUGAGGGACUUGAGCGAUCUCUGGCCACUCUCAAGGGCAAAAAGAGGAAUGAGGUUUUGAGUGCCGAGGAGUUGAAAGCAGCUCAGACCAGUGUCGCCUAUGGCUGCAUCAAGUAUGCUGACCUAUGUCACACGUACACCCACGACUAUGUCUUCUCCUUUGACAAGAUGCUUGAAGACAGAGGCAACACGGCUGUCUACCUGCUCUAUGCCUACACGAGAAUUAGGUCAAUUGCCCGUCUGGCUAAUGUGAGUUCGGAGCAGUUGAGAGAAGCUGCCAAAACCACCCCCAUCGACGUGUCACAUGAGAAGGAGCUGAAACUGGCCAAGUGCAUAAUCCGUUUUCCUGAGGUCAUAUCUCGAGUGAUCGACGAGCUACUCCCACACUACCUGUGCGACUAUACGUAUGAGCUGUGCACAACAUUCACUGGUUUCUACGAUGCCUGCUACUGUGUAGAGAAGGAUCGACAGACAGGGGAGAUAAUCAAGGUCAAUACGAGUCGAUUGAUGCUUUGUGAAGCAACUGCAAUGAUAUUGGACAAGGCAUUCGAUAUUCUCGGACUAGAGCCUGUCUCUAAGAUGUAAUAUAGAGUCAGUAAUUAUGUUUCUAGAAUCAAAAUUAAUGUAAUUACAGCUGCUUUUCUGUAUGUAACUAUUUUAGUUUAAUAAUACAGUGACCUCUUAUAA